CGCGACGCAUCACCGGCACAACAACAACAACAACAACAAGAAUAAUAACAGUAUCAGCAAGAACAAUUAUUUUUGUGAGUUGUUGCACAGCGUCAGAGCCAAAACAAAGCAACAACAAUAGCUCAUACGCACACACACACACACACACAUACGCAUACAAACAAACAUCUGCACAGCUGCUUACGCACACAUAAAUAUACAUGCGCAUAUUGCAUUUGCAUUAUUCAACAUAAUAAACAGCUAACCAAAAAAUACCAAAACACACACAUACACACACACACACACACACACGCACACCACAAGAAAUAACCAAUCAAUGGCAGAUUUAAUGCGUUUGGGUAAUGUGGACGUUGUCAUACAGAAAGAUAAACUUGGCUCGCCAACGGGCGGCUCCGAUGACGGCAACCUAGCGGCAUUGGGCGGUAUAACGGGUCUCGGCGCCAUGAUGGCCGCUGGUGGCAUUGAUUUGGCCGAUCUGGCACAGGAAUUGGAUCAGGACGAAUUCGAUGGGCCGCACAUGUUAAAUGGCGAACGUCCGGCGAUAAUUGCGCCCCCGGAGAGCGAAUGGUAUCACGGCAGACUCGAUCGCUAUUCGGCGGAGGCGCGUCUUCGCGGCAGCGGCAAACUGGGCAGUUAUCUGGUGCGCGAAAGCGAUCGCAAGCCCGGCUCGUAUGUGCUCAGCUAUUAUGGACGCACUGGCAUCAAUCAUUUCCGCAUUACGGCCGUUUGCGGUGACUUUUACAUUGGCGGACGUCAGUUCAUUUCGUUAAGCGAUCUCGUUGGCUAUUACACAUCGUGCAGCGAUCUGCUGAAGCGUGAACGUCUGGUCAUACCCGUUGCCCCGCCGGAGCCGGUCAAUGAUAAGAAGCGUGUGGUGGCCAUUUUGCCGUAUACGAAAAUGCCGGAAACGGAUGAGCUGAGCUUCCAGAAGGGCGACAUAUUCUUUGUGCAUAACGACAUGGGCGAUGGCUGGCUCUGGGUGACGGCGCAUCGCACCGGUGAACAGGGCAUGAUAUUCCGUGAACUAGUCGACGAUCUGGAUGUGUCCAUUGAUCCCAAUACGGUGUUUCCCUGGUUCCAUCCGAAUUGCACCAAGAACGAGGCGGUCGAUAUGCUGGUUAAGGCUGGUCCUGGCAGCUUUCUGGUGCGACCCAGCGACAAUUCGCCCGGCGAUUAUUCGCUCUUCUUUCACAUCAACAAUCAGAUUCAGCGAUUUCGCAUUGAGAAGAAGGGCGUACGCUAUCUGAUGGGCGGCCGGACAUUCGAAUGCCUCGACGCGGUGAUCAAUCGUUAUCGAAAGGAGCAAAUUGUCGAGGGCCAUUCACUGAACCAUCCCGUGGUGAACGGCACACAGCCGGAGUUCAAUCAGCAAUAUGUUGUGGAGAAGGCGGCCGAAAAGAUUUAUGCAACGCUGCGCGAAUGCCGCGAUCAGAUUGGACUCAAGAAGAUCAAGGGCAUCAAGCAUCACGGCCAUCUGAACAAGAAAUCGGACAAGACAACCAAAUGGAAGCAGCUGUACUUUGCGCUCAUCAACGAUGGCACCGAGACCCAGCUCUGCUUCUAUGACAAUCCCAAAAAGACUAAGCCCAAGGGCCUUAUCGAUUUGUCUUGCGCCUAUCUGUAUCAGUGCCAUGAUUCGCUCUGGGAGCGACCCUAUUGCUUUCAAAUCGUGGAACGUGCGCUGCCGUGCCUGGCCACAGUCACCUAUCUGUGCGCGCCCAGCCAGGAGAGCUAUGUGGAGUGGAUAAAUGCGCUGAAGGCGCAAUGCGAUUCCCAGCUGAGUCGUGCCCAAAAGAAGGUGUCGCGUCUGCGUGAGCUGCGUUGCCUCAAUCUGCAUGUGCUGGAGGCGCAUCGAUUGCCCUUCAAGCUGGUGCCGCAUCCCUAUUGCAGUAUUUCGCUCAACCAGGUCAAGGUGGGCAAGACGCGUGUCAAGAUUGCGCCCGAGCCCGUCUGGGAGGAGGAGUUUGUGCUCGACGAUGUGCCGCCGGAUGUUGUAUCCCUAACCAUAACGGUUGUGUCGCGCGGCAAACGCGGCAAGGACUCAGAGGUGGCCGAGCUAACAAUCGAUUUGGCCAGCCUGAAGAACGGCCAGGAGACAGAGGACUGGUACAAGCUGACGGGCAUGACACCGAUGGGCGAAUGGGGCUCGCUGCGUCUGCGCAUGCGCUAUCUGGACGAUCUGAUAAUGCCCUGCGAGGAGUACAGCCCGCUGCAGCAGCUGCUGCUCGAACCGGAGCUGUAUGCGGUCAAGGCGCUCGCCGAGCUCUGUCACAACGAUCGUGUGCCGCUGGCGACGGCGCUGUUGCGCGUCUUUCGGCACGAGAAACGCGAAACGGAAUUGAUACGCAUCCUCUGCCAGGCGGAGGUGGCGCGCGAGAACGAAACGACGACACUGUUUCGCGGCGCCUCGCUGGCGACCACCCUCAUGGAUUUGUAUAUGCGCACCGAGUGCAGCGGCUUUCUGCAGUCGGCGGUCAGUGAGACUGUGCAGCGCAUACUCGAAAGCAAACAGUCGGCGGAGCUGAAUCCAACCAAAAUGGAUGUCAACGAUGAUGCGUGCACAAAUGCUGAAUUCCUGCUGCAGAUACUCGAUCUGGUCACCCAAUCGAUAUUCACAUCGCCGGACGCCUGUCCGCGCAACGUACGCUACAUAUGCAAUUGCCUGCAGAAGGCUGUCGUGGCCAAAUGGCCAACGGAACGCUUGGUGCGGACACGUGUCGUCUCUGGUUUUAUAUUCCUGCGUCUGCUCUGUCCGGCGCUGCUCAAUCCACGCCAGUUUGGCCUGGUCAGCGAGACACCGCCAACGGCGGCCACACGCUCUCUGAUCAUGGUGGCCAAGUGCUUGCAGAAUCUGGCCAAUCUCAUUGAAUUUGGCGGCAAGGAACAAUAUAUGGAGGUGGUCAAUCCGUUUAUACUCAAGAACAAGGAGCGCAUGAUUGUCUUCUUGGAUCAGCUGUCGCUGGUCAGCGAUCCCAAUCCGCCGCUGGGCAUGUUUGUCGAACAGAAUCCCAAUCACAAUGCACAGGAUACGGGCCGUGAGUUAGCCACAUUGCAUCACAUUUGCGUAUCCUAUUUGCCAGAGCUGCAGGAGCUAUCGAAUAUCUUAUCCAUCAAGAAACUGGUCACCGUCACCGAUAUGCUGACCAAGCACAAAUUAAAAUACCGCGAAAUGAUCAGCUAAGAUGAACAAACGACA